AAACUUACAGUCUGAGGCUCACGUUAAUGUAGUCCAGUCUGUUUCACAUUGUAUGGAGCAACUGCAGGUGUUGAUAGGUGAUGAAGCAGCUGAAAAAAAAUUAAAGAUUGUUGUGUCUCGCUGUAUGGAUAUGUUGCUGCAGAAACAUCUAAGUUGCCUACCUGAUGCAGAAACUAAUCUUAAACUUUGCACAAAAGAGUUCAUUUCAUUGGCAAACAAUGUCCGGUUGCUUAUAAGCAAUGUUUUCUCAAUUUUAAUGACUUCUUCUCUAGUACCUGAUCAUAAACACCAAAUUCAAUUCGUUCAAGAUACAAUUCUUGAAAAGUUGUCAUUAGAACUACUUACAUUGGCCGACAUUGUGAAAAAAACUCUUGAUAGGUUGCAAAGUAGGGUUUCAAAUGGUGAAAAUGAAAGUCCGACAUCAUCAGGUGUUGGAUUUGAAAACAGAGUUCAGAUCGCUGACAUUGUGACUGGCAUGGCAAAAAUUGUCCAUAUCUACAUUACCAUUGAAGAUGAUAUACAAUGCUCGGAGCAGUUAGAAAUUACCCAUCUUUGCACGAAGCUAAGGCAGAAGAAAGGGGUCUUAAAAAGGAAUUUUGAUCUUCCAGAUUUGAUUCAGUCUAGCCAGCAUACAGCAGUAAAAACUUCUGAUAAUGUGACUGCUGGGUGGGACUGGGUUGAAAUGCUACGGGAUCUGGCACCAAGUUUGUGUAUCUGCUUAGUUGAAAUAUUGAAGGAAACACAUAAAAAUUUACUGCAGGAGACCAAAGAUUUAUUUAGUGGCGGUCAUAAACCAGCUCUGGUGACUUCUACUUCACAAUCUAAACUAAAUCUGCCAUCUGCACCCAAGUUUUCACUGAAGUGUGUUGGGACUAUUCUGGAUUUAGUUCUUACCUGGCACCCCUUGUAUGUUGUUGGUGGGAGAAAACAGAGUGUAAGUUCUCUGCAGUCAGACUCUGUAGAUACUGUGAACCAAAUCUUUAAAGAAAUUCGAAGUUUUAUUUUGUCCAAAAUAGAUGAAGUCCCGGAAAAAUGUCCAGCUAGUUUUUUAUCAACAUUCUUAUCAACAGUACAAGAUGUAUGCUUAGUAAUGAAGGACUGUAGUAGGAAGAUACAAUCCAGUAAGUCACAUUUUGUUUGCACCAUUCAACUCUUUGAAGCGCUGAGUGAUCAUAUUUUGCAGUUGAUAAUUCAAUACCAUAAGUCCAAAUUAUCAACUGCUAUAUUACAUGAUGGUGACAGUCAUUAUUGGGCUGAUCCGCGUGCCUACUAUGAAGGGGAGAGAUGCUCGGUUUCUAUAGUAAUGUGGAAAUCUCAUCUUAAAUCUCUAAAGGCUGACUUAUUACAGCAUGUAAGCAGUGAAACCACAAACCAAAUUUUGCUUGAAAUUUUGAACGAUUCUCUUACAGUUCUCACGAAUCGAUAUUGUAUGUGUGAAACAUCAUUUAAUCGGAAACCGCAAGUCAUUCUAGAUGGUUCAGCAAUCCUUUCAUGUGUGUUUGAGCUUUUAUUGACCACAGCCCCUUUAGCGUCAUGCUUCCUAACUACCACACCUUCUACCCAAAGCAACCUUCUGAGGAAAAUUUUCACUUGUUGUUCUGAUUUGUUUUUAUGCAUCAAUCUGACAGCUCUACCGGUUCAGCAGUUAGCUAAUGAAGUUGGUUCAGCAAUUCAGAACUUAAACAACAUACAGAGGCCUUUCUUUCACUGGUUAUCCUCAUUAAAUGCUACAAUUUUCCCCUUUGGUUGGAAUGGUGACAUGACCAAGCUACCACCAACUUGUUUAAUUGUGUGUCUUUUAAGCUACAUCUGUAGUGAUAAACAAAUUAAGCAUGAGUACAUUCUGCAGUGUUUUUCAUCUCGUAAUUUCUAUCUAGUGCAUAUGCUUGCAAGUGGUAAGCUUUUGAACUCAGACAUACUUCUUGCAGAUGUUCAAACACACCUAAUUAACAUAUUUUCUGACACCCCUGCUUGUAUAAGCAGUAUCUUAAUGACAUGUGCACUCUCUAACCCAAACUUUACUCACUCAACAUUCCUAAACAUGCAUCAAGAACCCGAAAAUAAUCCCACAGCAUGGCAAUCCCAUGUUUUGGAAUCAGUAUCACCGCACAUACAUCAAGCUGUGUUUAACUGUGUUAAUUUCAUUACUUCCAACACCUGGUCACCAGUAGCAAGACAUAUAGUUCGAUCUUUACCUGACAGUCUAAAAUCCUUUGUCCCAGACCUUGAAAGCAAGAGCAAGAAACUUGUGUUGUAUUCCUGCAUAGCAUCUGUAAUGCAAGGUCUACGCAUAGCAGCACUUAACCUUGAUGUUGGGCUGCGCUUAUUUUUAAUAGAAAUUGACAGAAUUCUACAUGAAGAUGGGUUGGAGAGUAAUCUCACAUGUGAUUGUUUUGCUGCUCACUAUUUUCUGCAUCUUGCACAUGCAGUGAUGAAAAAUCACGGCCAGUUGCAAAGUUUAUUUGGCAUUGAUAUCACCCUUGAAGCUGCUACCUUUAUAACUGAAGUCGGGGAGUCACUACUAAGCAUUGAGCAGUUGGAAAUGGCAUCCAAAAAUCACCCUGGACAAUGCAUUCCACUAAAUGAAGAGAUAUCUGCUUUUCGCGCAACUUUUUUGAGGUUGUUUAGUCAUACAAACAGUGAUGAGGCAAAUAUGUUUAAAGAGUCCGUGGAUGUAAACGCCAUUUGCCAAGACUUUGAAAAAAAGAAACUUAUAUCCAAGAUUCAUAAAGUUCUAUGCGUCAAUUUUCAAGCUAUAUCUCGGCAACUUUUAGGAGGUGAUGAAACAGAUCAAGCACCUCCUACUCUAUUCACUGACAUAAACCUGGAUAUGGAUAAGAUAUCCCAUCUUUCCCUACCCUCAUGCCUACAACAUAACUCCAUGGACAAGAUAUCAUAUCUAGUAAGACAUAGACCCGACAUGCGAGAGAAUGCUUAUUUAAAUGAGGAAGAAAGACAUUGUGUUCAACUCAUUAAAGAACACUUUAAUAUUUAAAACAAUUAUAGAUAAACAUUGAACUGUAGACUGACAUAAAA